GAGGGUGGAUUUGUGAGCAGAGCUUGGAAAAAGAAGACCGUUGCAUUAAAGUUCAUAGCUACCGACUAAUGAUGAGUCGCAGCCCAGAGAGGAUCUCUUCUUAUCGCAGACAUUUCGAGGACUCCAGCAGCUCCUCUUACCAGGUGAGGGUCAGCAGCCCUUCUCCUGUCAGACGGGAUGCUGGGAGGUGCCGUUCUGCCAGUUAUACUCGUAGUAAUGCCAUGGCUGUCAGCAACAGCAGGGCAGUGGGAAGGAGGACCAUCUCAACUUCUCGCAGUCAGCCACACCUGAAUGGUGUCGGGAUGGGUGCCAUCUGUCUGAGCGGAGGGGGACCUGGGGCCGAUCUGGACCAGGCUGCUGCAGAAAACCGUGAAUUCCUCAGCACCAGAACCAGUGAGAAACAAGAGAUGAUCCUGCUCAAUGACAGACUGGCAGCAUAUAUUGAAAAGGUCCGGUCAUUGGAGCAGCAAAACAAAUUGUUGGAGACGGAAAUCGAGGUUCUGCAGAAUCGCUUCUUGAAGCCCACCGGCCUCCGCCUGCUGUACGAGGAGCAGCUGAAGGAGCUGAUGAGACUGGCUGACCAAAUGAGAGUCCAAAGGGACAUUGCUAUUGCUGCAAAAGAUGCUAUGGCGGGUCAGCUGGAGAUGAUUAAGGUUAAAUAUGAAGAGGCCCUGGAGAUGAGGAAGAAAGCUGAGCUUGACAUUGAAGCUUUCCGCCCGGAUGUGGACGCCGCCACCUCCGCACGCAUUGCUUUAGAAAAGCAGCUGGAAAACCUAGAGGUGGAAAUAGAAUUCCUUCGAAGGGUUCACAAACAGGAAAUCGAGGAGCUUAUGAAACAGAUAUACGCAGCGCACGCCUCAGCAACGGACGCGUACAGCCUGCCAGACCUCUCAAACGCGCUCAAGCAGAUCCAACACCAGUAUGAUGACAUUGCCGCUAAAAACUUACAGGAAAUGGAUUCUUGGUACAAAAAUAAAUUUGAUGAUCUCAACAACAAAACAUCAAAACAUGUGGACCAGGUGCGGCAUGUGAGAGAAGGAAUUGCCUCUGCAAAGAAGGACAUACAAAACAAAGAGCGUGACAUGGACUCUAUGAACACCAAAAAUGAGGCUUUGGAAGCACAGAUUCGUGACACUCAAGAUAAGUACAGGAAAGAACUAGAAGAACUUCAGGCAAGAAUUGAGGCCUUGCAACUUGAACUGAAGUCUUCCAAACAAAGGACAGCACUGCUCCUGCGUGAAUACCAAGAUCUACUCAAUGUGAAGAUGUCCCUUGAGAUUGAAAUUACUACAUACAGGAAGCUCAUUGAGGGCGAAGAUUCUCGUCUGACUUCCAUGGUGCAGAGCAUGCAGACCAUGACCCUUAUGAGUGGCAGCACAAGCGUUCACACUGUAGCAGCAGGGGUUGCAGAUAGAGGGGGCAGAGGUCUUGCUGGUGGUCUAGGAGGAGACGUUGGUGUUGGAUUUGCUGGAGGCCUUGGUGGUCCUGCCACAGGUCUCGGAAGAGGCGUUGGCAGUGGUCUUGAUGGUUCUGCCACAGUCCUUGGAGGAAGUGUAGGUGGUGGUCCUACCACAGUUCUUGGAGGACAUGUUGAUGGUGGUCUUGCCACGGGUCUUGGAGGAGGUGUAGGUAGGGGUCCUGCCAUAGGUCUUGGAGGAGGUGUAGGUAGUGGUCCUACCACAGGUUUUGCAGAAGGUGUAGAUGGUGAUCCCGCCAAAGGGCUUCCGGGAGGUGUAGGUGGUGUUCCUGCCACAGGUCUUGCAGGAGGUGUAGGUGGUGACCCUGCCAAAGGGCUUCCAGAUGUGAGUAGUGGUCCUGCCACAGGUCUUGCAGGAGGUGUAGGUGGUGACCCCGCUAAAGGGCUUCCUGGGGGUGUAAGUGGUGGUCCUGCCACAGGUCUUGCAGCAGGUGUAGGUGGUGAUCCUGCUAAAGGGCUUUCCGGAGGUGUAGGUGGUGGUCCUGCCACAGGUCUUGCAGCAGGUGUAGGUGGUGAUCCCGCUAAAGGGCUUUCCGGAGGUGUAGGUGGUGGUCCUGUCUCAGCUCUGGCAGGAGGUAUAGGUGGUGACCCUGCAAAAGGGCUUCCGGGAGGUGUAGGUGGUGGUCCUACCACAGGUCUUGAAGGAGGUGUAGGUGAUGAGCACUCUAAAGGGCUUCCAGGAGGUGUAGGUGGUGGUCCUGCCUCGGGUCUUGUAGGAGGUGUAGGUGGUGAUUUUGCCAAAGGCUUUGAAGGAACUCUUACUGGUUCUUCUGCCACUACUCUUGUAGGAGGAACUAGCAGUGGUCUUGGGGCUGGCACAGGUAUUGCAGGAGGUUUCAUAAAUGGUGUCACUGGUGGGGUUAGCAGCAUAGGAACCACAGUUGACUACACUCAAGAGCAAGCUGUGGAGAUGACGGAAAGGAAGACCGUACUGAUCAGAACCAUUAAAACUGAAGACAACAUACUGGAGAGCAGCACGCAGCAGAAAUCUUACUGCAUCUCUGGAGCAGCAAGUGAAGAAGAGUAGUGGUGUUUCCUGCUCACCAACCAUGUCUUCAGAUUAGCAAAGAAUAGCUUGCAUUGCUUGUCCACAACUGGAAAUAAAGCUUUGAGUAUCACGUC